CUCAGCAAUAGGGGGGAGUCCCAUAUUGGGGUAUCCCUAUGGAGAGGGAGUGUUUGAGUCCCCCCUUAUAGGGGGACUAGGACAGAAUGAGGAUGGGCCCUAAAAUCCCCACCCCCACCCUCAUACAGAGGGCUCAGAUUUAGAGCACAGCCCCCCCCCCAAGGUAUAUAAUAGGGCACAGGGGUGCCCCCAUAUUGUCCUUGUGGGGUACACAUAGCUUUAAUGGACCCUUUAAGGGACACCCCACAACCCUAUAGGAAGGAACUCCAAACCCAGAUCUUAACUCAGCACUUACAGGGUAGAACCCACCCUAACAGCUCCAUCCCACCCAAACAGCCCCUUAAAUGCACUGGGAGGACCUGCCCCCUUUCCCAGCAACCCCUGUACCCUGACCACACCCCCUCACCCCUAUAUAAACCCCUGAGGCUGCAUAUGGGGCAGUAGUGGGGUUGGUGUUGUGGGAUGUCUCAGGUGGGGUCUGGGUGCAAUUAGUUCCUCAUCCCCUGCCUUAUGGAGUCACCUGCACAGAGUUCAGCCCCCCCAGGGGACCCCGCUGCCCCAAUGCCUGCCAAAGAGGAAGCCCGCCCGCAGCCUGAGGGGGCCAGCUAUGAUGCAGCUGAGCGCAGCCCCCCCUCCAAGGGCUGCCCCCCACCACCACCGCCUCCUCCAUCGCUGCUCCCCACAGACCCGCUGGACACUCGCAUUGUGAUGGGCGAGGAGACUCACUGCCCCCCUGAGCUGCCCCCUAAGACACCCCCAAGGCAUCCUGAGCUGCCUCCUGCCCGCCUCGACCCCGACCUCUUCUUCACAGCCCCCUCCACCCCGGUGAGGACGGGGGGGCCCCGAUUGAAGCCUGAAGAGGAUGGAGGGGAUGCGGAGAGUGAAGGGCUGGGCUCCCCCCCGACCUCCCCAUCUGGUUCCUAUAUGACAGCUGAGGGGGGCAGCUGGGGGUCCUCAGGCACAGCCAGCACAUCGCCCUCCUGCUCACCCAACCUGCUGGCAGAGGUCCCUGAUGGUGAGCCUGGUCCAGCAGCCUUCAUCCGCCGCUCCUUGUCCUCCUCUUCCUCCUCUGAGGAUGAAGAUGUGGCCGUGACCUCCAUAGGGCAGGAGGAGGAUGAUGAAGAGGAUGAUGAUGAUGAAGGCAGCGGGCAGGAGGAAGGCUUCAGGCUGCCCCGAUCCCACAUGGCUGCCCCUGGGCUCAUCCCUGCUGCGCUGCUGCCCUUCCGUGGCAGCCUUCUGUUUGAGGCUGAGGCCGUGGAGAUCACCCUGGUGCCGACACAGGCAGCGGCCGAACCGCUCUCGGGUGAGGAUGAGGAGGAUGAAGAUGAUGAGAAAGAGGAAGAAGAGGAGGAGGAUGGCAGCACCUCAGCCUCCUUCCUGCACUCGCUCUCUGAAACCUCCAUCAACGAAGGGGUGGAUGAGUCCUUUGCCUUCCGCGAUGACACCUCAGCCUCCUCUGACUCGGCCUCCUAUGAUGGCGAGGAGGAUGAGCGGCUCUAUGGCACCGAGCACCACGCACUGGGAGGGUCCCAAAUGGCCACCGUCACCCCUGGGGACACCGAGCCUUCCUCAGAGGCCUCUGGGGACAUUGAGCUGCACCUGCGUGGGGAAACAGCACAGCUGGAUGGGACUGGGGAGCAUGGAAGAGUGUCUGAGGGGGGGUCCCCACAGCACGAGGUGACCCUGAGCCCCUCGGUUCUGGAGCCUGCUCAUGGCAGCGAGGAGGAUGCAUGCAUGGAGCAGCAUGAGGCUCCCACUGAGGCCCUCACCACAGAAGCUGAUGUAGAGCUGAUGGAUGAGGCCCCCAUUGAGACCCUCACCAUGGGAGUCAACAUGGAACCAUCAGCUGAAGCAUCCAGCGAGGAGCUUGCAAUAGAAGUCGGUGCAGAGCCAGUGGUUGAAGCCUCCAUUGAGGCCCUCAGUGCAAAGCUGGUGGGUGAGACCUCCAUGGAGGCACCUGUGGAAGUCAGCAUGGAGCUGAUGGAUGAAGCCAACAGUGUGGAAGGCAACAUGGAACCUAUAGAUGAGACCUCUACUGAGGCCUACCCCACAGAAGCUGAUGUAGAACAGGUAGAUGAGGUCCCUGUUGAGGCCCUCUCUGCAGAAGUCAAUGUGGAACGGAUGGAUGAGACCCUCAGCUCCUCCUCCUCAGAGCUGGAGGAGGCCUCUACGCUGGAGCCUGAUGCCACGCAGGAGCUGGACCCCAUCCCAGAGGAGUGUCCUGCACCAGAGCCCCCCGUCCCCAUAGAGCUGCAGGAGGAGGAGGUGCCACCUGCUGCCAUGAUGGAGACCCAGCUGGAGGCUGCAGCCAUUACCCUGCAGCCCCCCUGUGCUGGGGAGACCAAAGACCCCCAACCCAAUGGGUUGGGAUGGGACACCCCAUCCCUGCCCACUGCCAACGGUGACCAUGAACUUGAUGCUGUCCCAGCGGAGAGCCCUGAGCCUUUGUGUCCACAUGAGGAAGGUGAUGACAGUGGGGAACCCCAAGAAGAUGCAGGUGGCCACGGGGACAGCAGGACAGAUGCCAUGCCUGCACCACUGGGGGCUCCCACCCCGGGUGGGGAUGUGCAGGACGAUGUCAUUGAGCAGCCCCUUGAGGAGGAUGGGGUGGCAUCAGGGAGGGAGUCUCCACUGGUGGCACUGAGUGAUGGUGGCAGCGAGGUGACGCAUGUGGAGGAGACUCUCAGUCCUGCAUUGGGGUCUAUGGAUGAGCCAGAUGAGGAUGAAGCCUCCAGCAAGGAUGUGGAGCAAGGCCAGGGCCCAGAGCCCACCCCUGGCAAAUGGGAUGGAACAGCCACCUCUGAGGACUCGUCCCCAGAGCUGCUGGACACCUCGUGCUCCCACACCGACUCCAGCUUCUUCACCACCCCCCAGGACAGUGCAGGGGAAGCGGCUGCCCCUGGGGUCCCCUCUCCAGCCCCACAGCCCUGCCUGGCCCUCUGCGUGCUGCCCCCAGCCCCUGCUUCCCCACCACUGCACUUCACAGCUUCAGAGCAAGAGGUGUAUGUGGGGACCCCCCCAGAACCCCUUGAACUGCUCCCACCACCUGGUGCCUUGUUGGAGAAUGAGGAGGACUGCAGGCAAGUGGCCUCCAUGCUGCAGGGGGUUUUUGGGGAUCUGCCCACCCCAGGGAGCCCUGGCCGAGCCCCCGUGGAGCUGCCGUGUCCUCCCCGUUCUGAGGAUGAAGCUGCUGCACCUGAACCCAAAGAGACCCCAGAGCCAAGCGAUGCAGGGAGCAUCCAGUGUUCUCCCCCAGCCUCACUGAAGGCAGACCCAGCCCCUAUGCAGGGCCAGGAGCCCCCCAGCAAGGAGUCCCCGCUCCUACUCAGUGAAGACCCCAAUGCCAAAGUCCUGGUGGAGGGGGAGCAUUCCCUGUCCCCCCCUGAGGAUGCAGAGGAGGAGGCAGUGAAGGCAGGAUCCAGCCCCAUGGAGGAGGAGAAGGUGGUAGCAGUGGCAGGAUCCAUCCCACAGGAGGAGGAGGUAAUAACAGAGGCAGGAUCCAUUCUGCAGGAGGAAGUAGAAGAGGAGGUGGUGGUGACAGCAGCAGAAUCCAUCCCUCAGGAGGAGGAAGAAGAGAAGGAGGUGGUGAUGGUGGCAGGAUCCAUCCCUCAUGAGGAAGAAGAGGAGGUAGUAAUGGUGGCAGGAUCCAUCUCUCAGGAGGAGAAAGAGGAGGAGGUGAUGGUGGCAGGAUCCAUCUCUCAUGAGGAGGAGGCAGUAAUGGUGGUAGGAUCCAUGCCUCAGGAGGAAGAAGAGGAUGAGGUGAUGGUGGUAGGCUCCAUCCUUCAAGAGGAAGAAGAGGAGGCAGGAUCCAGCCCCAAGAAGGAGGAAGAAGAGGAGGCAGUGAUGGUGGCAGCAUCCAGCCCCAAAGAGGAGGAAGAAGAGGAGGUGGUGAUGGUGGCAGCAUCCAGCUCCACACCCAGCCUUGAGGAUGACCAUGAAGGCACAGAAGCCACCCCCAGCCUCUCAGAGGCUGCUGUUCUGCCCUUGGAACCCUCUCCAAAGCCCAGCUCCCAGGAGGACCCAGUGCCCCAAGAGCCCACCGAGGCUGCAGUGCCCACUCCUGAGCUCGCAGUGCCCACUGAGGUUGCAGAGCCCAUUCCCAAGGUAGUGGCACCCGUUGCCAUCCCUCUGCCUGCUCCCUGCCCGCCACUCUCCAAACUCAUCCAAGUGCCUCCUCUCUCCUCCUCGCCGCUGCCGUGCUUGGAGGACACCUCAGGGCUCAGCGAGGCCACGCGGCCGGAGGAACGUCCGUCUGUCCUGCCGGCCUCCAGGAAGCUGCUGGAGGCCCCGGAGCCAUCCCCACAGAAGGAGAAGACGAGGGGCAGGAAGGUGCCGGCUGGCAGUAAGGGUGCACGAGGGCUGGAUGCAGAGGGGGGACCCCGCCGUGCACCCCGGGGCUCAGUGCAGUCUGAAUCAAGCUCCUCCAGUGAGGCUGAAUUGCCCUACCGUGUCCCCAGCCCUGCUGAGCACCUGCCUGCCAUUGCCCUGCUUGAGGACAAGGCAGCGCUGCGGCAUGGUCAGGCCAACCAUAAAGGAUCAUGCAAUGAGUCUGAGAGCAAUGAUGAGUCCAUCCCGGAGCUGGAGGAGCCGGAGGGAGCAGAGCCACGGCCGAUGCAGACUCAGGCGCCGCUCACCCACUCGCUGGGCACCGGGGAGGAGAGCAUCAGUAAAGCCAAGCAGAGCCGCAGUGAGAAGAAGGCCAGGAAGGCCAUGUCCAAGCUGGGAUUGAGGCAGAUCCAUGGUGUCACCCGCAUCACCAUCCGCAAGUCCAAGAACAUCCUCUUUGUCAUCACCAAGCCUGAUGUCUUCAAGAGCCCUGCGUCUGACAUCUACAUCGUCUUUGGGGAAGCCAAGAUCGAGGACCUGUCGCAGCAGGUGCACAAGGCUGCGGCUGAGAAGUUCAAGGUGCCCAUGGAGCACUCCCCGCUGAUCACAGACACAACGCCCGCGCUCACCAUCAAGGAGGAGAGCGAGGAAGAAGAAGAGGUGGAUGAGACGGGAUUGGAAGUGCGGGACAUAGAGUUGGUCAUGGCCCAGGCCAAUGUCUCACGCCCCAAAGCUGUGCGAGCACUCAGGCACAACAAUAACGACAUUGUCAAUGCCAUCAUGGAGCUGACCAUGUAGCGGCCGGCCCCGGCCCCCUGUAUAGGUGCACAGUUCUCCUUACCCUGAUGUCCCUCCUUGAGCCCCAUGCCUCCGCCUUGCCCGCCUCCUAAUGCUCAAUAAAUGGCCUCAUGUAUCACUUGGAUCGCA